CUGCAUGAGGUGGAUCAAUCUGUGAAAAGAAUUUCAACACACACGUCACCAAGUUGCGAAUGGAUACAGGAGUAAAGGGGCGCGGAAACCAGGAAGGGGAACCGGAGGUUUGGCUGUGGCGAAGGGCGUUUGAAUUUUCAGACUUUGAAAAUUUGGCCGGCCGGAGAUUCUACGGGAAGUUCGUGACGCACUGUUUUUGCCGCCCAAGGAGAAGGGGAAGUAUUCUUGAAGCUAUUCUGAGGAAAUUGCCUGACAUUUGGGCGUCCUAAGACGUUUAUUCCUUCUCGUGGAAAUCAUGGACGACGAGGAGGUACCGACUUUCUCGAGUCCAGAGGCAGAGAUCAAGUACUGGAAAGACCUAGCGUUGGAAUUAAGACAAAGUGUAAAAGAUGCAAGAGAUGAACUUGACGAAUUCCAGGAGGAAAGUAGAGAGCUGGAAGCUGAGCUGGAAGCACAAUUGGAGCAGGUAGAGGGGAAGAACAGAGACCUGCAAAACUCAUGUCAGCGGCUUCAGAUGGAAGUAGAGUCAUUAAAGGAAAAGCUUGAAAUCUGUCAGAGAGAAAGCCACCAGCAGAUCACACAGUUACAGGACGAUCUGGCUCAGACCAUGGGCAUGAAGGAGGAAAUGGCAAAAUACAUUCGGGAGUUGGAACAGAUCAAUGACGAUCUGGAGAGAGCUAAAAGAGCAACCGUCGUAUCUCUAGAGGAAUUCGAUGGAAGAUUAAAUCAGGCAAUUGAGAGAAAUGCCUUUCUUGAAAGUGAACUUGAAGAGAAGGAUCAGCUAAUGGAGACAAUACAAAGGCUAAAGGAUGAAGCCAGAGACUUGAGGCUGGAGCUUAAUGUACGGCCGACCCCACUGUCGACCAGUAAAGAACAAGCUGGUGAAGAUAAGGAUGAGGAGAAACCAGACAACGAUAAAGUAGAAAGGAGAAGCAGACCAACUCCUAUCAGCAUGCCUGAUAACAGAGCAGUAUUGGAGAAGGGCAUCAGUACAACACCUCCUGUUGGCACGCCACCUCCACUUAGGGAUAGAGGAAGCUUUUCCCAGAUGAAUGGUGCUGCUUCAGGUAGCACACCGCUCACGCCGUCCGCUCGUAUUUCAGCUCUCAACAUUGUAGGAGACCUGCUCAGGAAAGUAGGGGCAUUGGAAUCCAAGCUGGCCUCAUGUAGAAAUUUUGUGAAAGAUCAACCAGGAAGUAGGAGUAGUGGUAGCAAGGGGCCAAAUUCACCCAGUCAGCCGGCUGGCCCCUCCCGGCCAUCAGACAACAUCCUCCUGCCUCUGUGUUCUGUCCUUUCCUGCUGUGAGACCUCUCUUGUUCAGGCCAUAAACACCAUCAAACAUGACUCUCCUGACAGAAAGGGCCAAGCGACUGAACAGAGGGUCGGUGUCCUCCCCCAAUCCACAGGGCCUGGUGAAGAUCACAGUGUGAAUCAAGACACAGUUACUGACCCCAAGAGUUUCUACCAAAUAGCUUUCUAGCUGUAUUCUUACUUAAUUGAGCACGCAUUGCUUUCAUGACUUUAUAACACGUGAUUCCACAAAAUAUAUCCUCCAGCAGAAUACAUUCAGUUGUCAUCUGUGCCUAUUACCACUCAUGGCCAAGCAGACAAAAGUUUUUUUUUGUUUUUUUUCAAAACGCCUACCCCAGCUUUUCAAUAGGGAGGCAGAUGUUCCUAUACCUAAUGUCUAUCAGUUGCCAGGAGAAAAGUUGCUAUUGAAAUAACUGAGCUCCCAUCACAAUGGUAAAAGAUAUUGCCUAAUAUAGGUGGUGUAAAAUCUCCAAUGCCCUUUUCAAUGUGCCAUUCAACAGGGAGGUUUAGGGUUCUCCAGUUUAUGGGGGUCAACUACAACUAUAUGAACCUACAGUUUGGUGAGGAUGUGUGCAGCAUUACUCCGUAUCACUUGCCUCGUUGGGAUGAAU